AAGACAUCUAAUAAAGUUUUUUGUUAAAAAAAAAAACCCCAACAAUGCGAAGUGCAUUAUGGGUCCACUUACUGCAGUUGUCUUCAUGAUCUAGCGGCCGGCAGGCUCUGAUAAUGUUUACUGCCGCCGUCGCAACGAUUUCCAUGCCGUAUUUUGUCAUAUUAUGCUCCAGGGCGAUUUGUGGGAAGUAGCUCAGUUAACUGGUGCCAGGUAGCGUUAGCUAACUCUCUAAACAAUGGCCAGACAUUAACACCUAUGAGGCUACCAUGCUGAUAUUUAGUUUUCCUGGAUUUAAUCUCACUGUAAAUUCAAGAUAGCAGCAACUAUGGAUGCAUCUGAAGCAGAAGCCUCAACACAGAAUCAGGGAAAAGAGGAAGGUGCAUCAUCAGGUCAAGGAGAUGCUGGAGCAAAACCAAAAAAGGCAUCUUUGAAAAGAGCUGCAGAUGCGAAAGCAAAAAAGAAGCACAAAAAGGCUCGAGUGUCCAGACCUGCCCAGCCUGGUUAUACUGUCCAUCAAGGGGAAGAUAUGCUUCUCGUUAUAUCGAGUUCCACCUCUCAGUAUGACGGGUCAGUGUGGACUCUUAAAAAAAAGAAGGGAAGCAAAAAGAAGAAGUUGGCAAAAGGAAAAGGAAAAGCCAGUCAGGUUAAGAAAAAGAAGACAGUCAAUGCCAAGCCCAAACUGGAAAGUAAACCAGUUAUUGAAAAAGAAGAAAAAGUCGCAAAUUUGUUUCUAACUCAGGAAGAAGACGACCACAGAUGGGGCCAAAGCCUGCCUGAGGAGGUGCUAAUUAAUAUUUUUCAGAUUGUGGUCAUUCAAGAGGGAGCAGUGCCCUUUUUAUGCAGGGUGGGGAGAGUUUGUCGUCUGUGGAACGCCGCUGCCUCCAGUCCGAUCCUGUGGCGCAGAGUGACUGUCGGUCACUGCUGGAUUGCACCAGGGAGGAGCCAGCUACCAAAAACUGAGAAGAAGAUUAAGGACACUUUGGACUGGCUGGCACAGAGCAGAUUCUCUCAGCUGCAAGACUUUUCUCUGUGUCACUGGACAAAGAACGUUGACUAUGCAUUAGAGGUUGUGUCGCAGUACUGCCUUCAUCUUUGCUCCCUCAAGCUUUCUCAGUGCACAGGAGUGACAGCGGCGGCCUUCCGCAGCCUCGGUCUGCACAGCCGCUCCCUGCACAGCUUAAAUCUCCAGCAUUCAGAGUUCCAGGUUGAAGGACUCAUUGAGUAUCUUGAAAACCAUGGGAGCCAGAUCAGGCAAAUAUUGUUCACUCAUGGACUAAAGAAUGACAGACUUCUGGCUGCAAUCACUCGGGGAUGCUGUCCCGAUUUGGAGAUGCUGGAGGUCAACACCAAGCUUGACAGUAAAGACUGUGAACUUCCUGUUUGCAUCCAAGCACUACAGGUGGCAUGCCCUAAACUCAAGACCUUCCGGAUGCUCAACGUCCGACCUCUUCAUAAGACAAUGCGUACCGGUGUCGACUCAACAUUGGGCUUCCCAUUACUGGAGGAGCUUUGUAUCGCAACCACAUCUUUUUCCUACUUGACCGACAGGGAUUUGAGGGACAUUCUCUUCGAUUCCACCAAACUGCGAGUGCUGGACCUGCGAGGCUGUUCUCGAAUCACAGCGUCUGGUCUUGCAGCUUUACCCUGUCUUGAGCUUGAGUGUUUGUUCUGGGGACAAUAUUUCAGCAGCCAUGUUGGGUUGUCAUCGCUUAAGAAAGGACUUCACACGUUGACCCAAAAAUGGAGUCGAACUUUGCAACAGCUGGACAUUGCAUAUCAGCUCUUCACUGAGGAAGACUUGGAGUUAGCAAUGAGUUACCUUUGUCAAGCUGAGGCAGACACACUGCGCUCACUAAACUUGAGUGGGACCAGAAUUACACCACGUGCACUCAGGCCAGUCAUUGGACAAAUGACUGCUCUAGACUACCUCAACCUUUCGUCCUGCCGCUAUCUUCCAAGAGGAGUGAAGAGGAUUUAUCGUGGCCAAGAAGACAUCCGCCAGCUGCUGGACAAACUGGAGUAGCUCUCACAUUCAUGUAGUUCCAGAAAUCAGAAACCAAAUUUACAAGGCAGACUUGAAUAUCUUAAUGCAGACCUCUUUGUGGAUUAUAUUGUCUAAUUGAUGUGGAUAUUUUGCCCUCAGGAUUUUUUGGUAGACAUUUUUUCUGUCUGUUACCAUGUUUGAAUGCAAAAAGCAGUAGUUUGGAAAAAGAAAAGAAAAACUACUGUAUUAAUGUCAGGUGGGUUGUUUUUUGUUUGUUUUAAACAAUGACCAACUCACACUAUGUGUGACACCUAGUACUGUAAAUAGAUCAUCCUAUUUGUAAAACUAAAUAUUCAUUUCUGUUAUUCCUGCCUCUUUUUGUACACUUUUUUAACAAUCAUAACAAUCGUGUCAAAAAAUAAAAUCGCUUUUUGAUCAAAAAUAAAUGUUCAACAUGUCACGAUAAAAUUAGGGUUGUAUUUGUCUUUAUUUCCACUAGAGAGUGCUGUCCUCUCAAGAUAAAUUUUAUCUACUGGGACUGGUCAUACUGGAUUCAUACCUUGCUUGUAGCAACAUGUUUAAAUAUAGCAAAUACAUGUAAACGAAUGAAUGGAUAUAAGUGCGUAUAUGAUUGUUCCAAAAAUGUAAACAUGUUCCAACAAGAGUGUUUGAUAAUAAAAGACACAAUAUAGUGUUCAUAACUCACUUGUUUAUUGGUUCAAAUGGCAAAGUAAGCAAAAAACUGAGAAAAAAAGACAGCAAAAGUAUAUUACAUGUACCCACAUUCAACCUUUGCCCAAAUGUGAAACAGCACUGCCCAUUUAGGUAAAUUAAGACUGAGUCUGGCUCAGCUAAAACUACUUACAAGAGCGUAAAAAAGAAACUCAAAUCUCCAACAGAAACAGGAAAAACGGUAAACCAUAGAAACAACAUUAAAAAUCCAAAAUGUUAAAAAAACAAAGACAUGGGGGAACUUCUGGCAACAUUUGCUAUGUGUUUUGAUGUAUAUAAAACAGAGGGUUUUAAAUGAUUUUUCACCUUUAUUAAGUGCAAAUUGAAUAUAAAUGCUGACAUUAGGUUAUAUUUGGUUUUCAGUGGUUUUUGACACAUUUUUCGGUUUAUAUCUUUGGAAUAAAAAUGUAUACAUUCCAGCUGAGUAUGUCAAUACUAUGACCUCAUUCUACAAUAAAACCAAUUCUUAAAUUUUCUUUAGUAAUGAACUAGGUUUUCAACAAAACAAACCUUCCAACAUUGUACAAUAAAAGCAAUUAAGCAAAGGUGUUGUGUAAUCAAUCUAAUGGCUUGUUUUUUAGUUAUGAUAAGAUUACACUAUGUUUUC